AAACUUGAAGUUUUCCUGCUAACUUUCCAGUCGCUGGGAUCAGCAGUGGCAGCAGCAUGUCUGGCUCUCCGUCCUGGAUCCUGAGCGCCUUCUGGCUCAGCUGCCUGCUCGGCUCGGCCGCCUGCAGACGCGGCAGAGGUCAUGGCGGCCAUCAUAGCCCCAUCAUCUUUAACGAUUUCUGCGCCAUGAAAGAUGAGUCGGGGCCGUGCAAGGCCAUCAAGGAACGCUUCUUCUUCGACGUUAACACUGGGAGCUGCGAGCGCUUCGAAUACGGCGGCUGCAGCGGAAACGCCAACAACUUCGAGACAAUGGAGGAAUGUGAGGAGGCGUGCGUCUUCUCAGACGAUAAGAACCCGUGUCACCUGCCGGAGGCCCCGGGCCCCUGCCGAGGUUUGGUGAGGCGCUUCUUCUUCGACAGCCAGACUCAGCAGUGCAGACAUUUCUACUACGGCGGCUGCUUCGGCAACGCCAACAACUUCAGGAGCAUGGCCGACUGCCAGGCGAAAUGCCUCAACCCAGACGAACCUGCGGCUGCGGCAGACGUCCAUGUGAGGAAACCCGCCGUGACCCGUCCAACCAUCGCAGCAGAGGAGCUGACUGUGAGCGAACCGCAGGUGCAGCUGAACGCCUCCGACUCACAAAGAGACUUCAGCGCCUCAGAGAUCUGCUUCAGCCCCAUCGACCGCGGCAGCUGCAGCGACACCGUCAAGCGGUUCGCCUUCAACCCGGCAACCAAGCGCUGCCAGUCGUUCACCUACAGCGGCUGCGGCGGGAACCAGAACAACUUCCUGAGCCGCAAAAAUUGCUACCACAAAUGCAUCAAAGGCCAUAAGGGCUCCAGGAAUGGGAUGAUCCGAAUAAGGAAGAAAAACAUCAACAGCAUCGUGAACCGCGGGGACUGAACGCCGCGCCCUGCGGGACGCCGCUCCUCUUCCAUACAUGUAUUUAUCUCUGUAUUAUAGCUUCUACUCUGUUUCUUCAGAAAAUCUCUGUUUUUAAUAGUGAGCUGUUUAUUUUUGAUUCAUUAUGAUGACAAUUCUGUGCACAAGUCUUGAGUCACUCCUCAGAUUGUUUCAGGAAACAAGAGGCGGUUUAAAACUUUAGCACAGAAGCAAAAUAGAAACAUAAACUUCCUUCUGAUCUGAUGUGACAUUAAGACAUUUCUUUUUUUAUUUCUAAACUUCGAGUUUUCAGUAUCGGCCCUAAAAGUCUAAAAUUAUAAAGUAAAAUAAGUUUCUGAAUUGGUUAAAUAAAGACCCAGAAUGCCAUAAGAGUGUGGAAACAGCAAAGACUGAUGGGAAAUAUUUAAAGCCUGCUCAUUUGACUCUUCUCGUUUUUAUCUGCAAUAAUAUUAAAGUUUCUAUAAAAAACUAGAAUAACAUAAAGAGAUUUAAAACAGUUGAAGUUUUAUUUAUGGUAUCUUUGCUCUAAAUUGUGAAAACAUUCAGCUGCAACCAAAAAGAGUUAAAAAAAUAUUCUGUUUUAUGUUUAAGAAAAAAGCUGAACCGAUUCAACUUUAUUACACAAAGUUGUAAUAAUCUGUAAAAAUCCUGAAGAAAACUUUUUUUUUGCUUAUUUAUGCUGAUGAAUAUUAAAUCUGUAUAGGAAAACAUUCCGGUUCUGCCUUCAUUUUGCAUGAAUUAUUCAUCCUGUUUGAGUUUUUGUGGAUUGUUUUGUUGGUAUGAAGCUUUUAAGCUGCAGAUUUUGUUCUUUUAUUUGUUGAAAUAUUUUCCUCUGCUUCAUAUUUCGGUCUCUGGAUAUCAGCUGUUUGUGUCUGCAGUUAUUGAUCGCUGUAAGUUGAUUCAUUUAUUGAUUAAACGAACCCCAGAAACUCUU